CGUGAUAGUAGAUCGCGUGAUAGGUCGCAUAGUAGAUCGCAUGUUAGAUCACGCCAUAGGUCGACUUAUAGAUCACCUACUAGAUCGCGAGAUAGGAUGCAAACAUCACAGCCUAGGUUACGGAAUAAACGUACUAACACGCCUCCUCGCCAACCCAUAGUAUCCCAUAAUUCGAUGCAAGAAACAUUACAAGCGAUAUUGACGCGAUUAAAUACAUUAGAAAAAAAUUACUCCACAAAUAAUCAUAGUGAUAAUACUUGUCAACAUAAUCUCGAAUUACCCACCAUUUCCGAUGUAACAUUUAACUGUUCUACGCCAAGUAGGAAUGUCACCGUAACUAAAGUACAGCAAAAUAACGUAUCGAAUAUUCCCAUUCGUGUGACUACCCCACCUGGGGAUCGCCAACUGGACACAUCCCGGUCCGAUAUUAUUAUUAACAAUGUUGAUCAAGCUUUCCGCGAAGAUAGGGUAGUAGAUAGUACGCAAGCAUUAGCAGACGCGAUUAAAUCUAUUAGUUCACAACGGUCGCAACCCUAUUUUGUGUCUAGUUUUGAUCCCUCACUUCAUAAUAUCGAGGUAUGGUGUGCAGAGGUUGAACGCGCUAAGGAUACUAACGGGUGGAGUGAUUCGGAGUGUUUGUCACGUGUAUCGAAAUGCCUCAGGGGUGACGCGCGCACUUGGUUAGACGAGUGGGUAACUAAUGAAAGGACAUGGUCCAAUUUUCUACAAGAAUUUAAACCACUUUGUCCGCGUACACUUGACUAUGCCAAUAUACUAUUCGAUAUUAUGAAAACAACUUCCGAAAAAAUUUGUACUUAUGCUGAAUACGCUCGACGUAGCCUAUUACGUUUACGUGUAGUAAAGGGACUAAGUGAGGAGCUCAUGACACUAAUAAUCAUACGCGGUAUUAGUGACCCUCAAAUCCGAGCCGCCGCAGCGAAUGCUAAUUUGACUUGCGACAACAUAGUGUCGUUUCUUAAUAUUUACGUUAAACCUAGCAAUAGUACGGCAACAAGAAAUAAUCUAGGAAAGCGCCCCUUACCUUUAAAUCAUAUGAAAGGUCCCCUUAGGUGUUUUAACUGUGGUCAGUCUGGACAUAAAAGGUUGAAUUGCACGAAAAAGCCAAAGGACACUAUUGUUUCUACCCACGCUAUUGUUGAUUCUUCUGAAUCUACGCAGCGAUCUGUCACUUCGGAAUACAAAAGCACAAAAUGUGACUUUUGUAAGAAACCGGGCCAUCGCGAGGAAAAUUGUUUCGCAAAAGAAAGAUCGAAUAUGCGUAAUAAACGAAACCUAAAUUUAUGCACUACCCUUUUAUUAACGGAUCCCUCUCGAAGCAAAGACGUAGUAACAGCGGUAAUACAGGGUAUUCCCGUUGACGCACCCAUUGAUAGUGGCGCCUUGAAUAUUUCGUUUAUAUCAUCCGGGGUAGUAAAAUAUCUUUCAUGUGAAUUAAAACCUAUUAAUUGUGCGUUAAAGGGAAUCAGUGCAACAGUAAUUCAUGCCAAUUUUUAUGUAACGUUGACUAUCGAAUUUGAUGAAAUUACUCUUAAAGCGGAUUUUGUAGUCGUUCCAGAGUCAUGCAUCGCAUUUCCUUUGAUAAUAGGUACGGAUAUACUUAAUCGCGACGGUGUCACUUAUGUUAGGUCUAAAGCUAAACAAUAUUUAACGCGUUCACCUAUGACACAACAGCAAGUAAAUACGGUAGUCCCCAAUACAAAAGACCAAAUCAAUACACCUCUUCAAGGUGAUGAUCGCAAUUUGCUCAUGUUAGUGAUUAAUGACUUUUCAAAUUAUUUGAUAUCUGGUACAACUUCAACAACUGUUACUACAGGCAAAAUGAGUAUUGUCGUUAAGGAUGACACUCCUAUAGCUUAUAGACCGUAUAGAUUACCACAUCAAGAGAAGCUCAAAGUUCGUGAAAUAGUACAUGAUUUAAAAGAAAAAGGUAUCAUUCACGAUUCAAAUUCAGAAUAUGUUAGCCCCAUCCUUCUUGUGAAAAAGAAAGAUGGCAGCGAUCGAAUGUGCGUUGACUUCCGAGCAUUAAAUCGAGUAACUGUUAGAGACCGUUAUCCUAUGCCUCUCAUUGACGACCAUAUAGAUCGAUUAGGUAACUUUAAAUAUUUUUCGAGUUUAGAUAUGGCUACUGGCUUUCAUCAAAUCCAAAUAGAUGAGGAGUCUAUACACCGAACGGCAUUUGUCAUUCCAGAGGGUCAUUUUGAAUAUUUGAAAAUGCCCUACGGAUUGACUAACUCUCCGAUUGUAUACCAACGUAUCAUUAACGAAACCCUUCGCAAACAUAUUGAGGCUGGUAAUGUGUUAGUUUACGUAGAUGACGUCUUACUGAUGAGUCACGCAGUCGAAGAAGGUAUUAACCUGUUGAGAGACGUGUUAACGACUCUGACAAAUGCGGGCUUUUCUAUUAACUUACGGAAAUGUACCUUUCUCUCGAUGCAAGUAGAAUACCUAGGGCGUAUGGUGAGCCAAGGUCAGGUUAGGCCGAGCCCCAGUAAGGUGGAAGCACUGGUGAACGCACCGGCUCCCGCAAACGUUAAACAGGGCUCCACACCAGCUAAUAACUUCAUGGAAAAAGCCAGACACCCCUUUUGA